UCAGUUCUCAUUCUUUUUCUCUUCCCCUCCCUCAGAUGAAAAAACGAGGCUUAACUCCCACCGAGGCCACUUACACAGCCCUGUUCAAUGCCUGUGCCCAAUCGCCGUGGAAAGACUCCGGCCUGCAGAGUGCCCUCAAGUUACGUCAGCAGCUGAAGAGCAAAAAUGAAGAGCUGAACCUGAUCACCUACCAUGCACUGCUGAAGGUCUGCGCCCUGUGCUCCGAUCUCAGGAUGUGCUUUGAUGUCCUGAAGGAAAUUGUGCACAAGGGCCACGUUCUUACAGCCGAGACCUUCAGCUUCCUUCUCAUGAGCUGCAUAAAGGACAGCGAGAACGGCUUCCGAUACGCCUUGCAGGUCUGGAAACAAAUGACUAAACUAGGAAUAAAGGCCGACAGCCACACGUACAAUUUGAUGCUGCGUGCUGCCAGGGACUGUGGAAUAGGGGAUCCGGUCGUGGCUUCUCAACUCCUGCUCAGACCCACCCAUGAGAACCCAUCUGAGCUAAGGCUUCCACCUGGGAGGCUGAAGGAAAAGGUGACAAGUCAGAGGAAGAAGGGAUCAGAGAGUGCAGCUGCUGCCCAGUUGGAUGUGGAAGCUAUGGAGCAGCAGUUAUUUCAGGAUUGUUUGGUGCAGCCUGAAGCACCGCUCCAGGAACAAAAUAAAACUGUGAAUCAGGCUGAAACAAAACCAGCUGCUCUCACCAGCCUCAGCAUCGCUCACAGCAGGACUGGAACCUUGGUGAGGAGAAGCCAGAAGGAGAUGGAGCAGGAACAAGCAUGUCUAAGCCAGAAAUCACAUUUCUGCAACCUACCCAACUUGCUGGAUUCCAGGAUGCCUGACGCAGCCAUGGUUUCCUUGGGGACAGUGGCCACAGCAUCCCACAGGCUGGCUUUGAUGGGGGAUGUGGAAGGUUUCCUGAAUAAAAUGAAAGAGGACAAUGCAGAACCCAACAUUAAAACAUUUACGUUACUGGCUGAACUGGUGGAACCCCAAAGCCCCUCCGAGUCCUCUUUGCUGGCACUUGUAGAUGAGCAUAAAGUGCAAGUAGAUGUGACCUUCUUUAACACUUUAAUAAGGAAGAAAAGUAAAAAGGGAGACCUGGAAGGAGCAAAGAACGUGCUGCCAGCCCUGGUGAAGAGGGGACUAUCACCCAACCUCCAGACGUUUUGUAACUUGGCCAUCGCUUGCCAGCGAGAGAAGGACGGCCUGCAGUUACUCUCAGAUUUGAAGAGGUCUGGUGUGACUCCCAACAAGUACAUCUACAGCACCCUCAUUGCUGCAGCUGUGAGGCAGCUGGAUUACAGGUACCUUACGGAGAUCCUGCGGGACAUGAGGAAUAACCAGGUGCCUCCCAAUGAAGUCAUCAUACGCCAGCUGGAGUUUGCAGCACAGUACCCUCCAAAAUUUGACAGGUACAAGUCAAAGAACCCAUACCUGGAGAAAAUUGAUGGUUUCCGUGGCUACUACUAUCGGUGGUUAAAAGUAAUGGCAGGAGAGGAGACCCCCCAUCCCUGGGAAAAAUACAGACCAGCGAAGCGUGGGGUGGAUGACAAUAAGGAAGAGGCUGCGCAGGAGCAGCCAGGACAGAAGUAG